CCUCGGAUACAUUUUAACAGUCAUCGCUGUACCAAUAACCUCAUAUGACUAUGAAUGCAACCAACCACUGCUCCAGAAAGCCCAGCUGAAGGCGACCUCCCACAUGCCUGGUAGAGAACCAAAAGAUGCUCAACUGAAUGGUGACUGUUGAUUAAUCCCAGGAAGGAAAACAUUUUCCAGUGAUUCUAGGAAUCAUCAUCGAUCAAUCAUAAUAGCACGACUUAUAAAAUCAGCUCUACCAAUUAAAUGUGCUACUGAAUGAUCUGAGAAUCAGGUCUACCAGUAGAUUCCAGCCAAUAAAUUGAAUCGGAUUAAAUUACCUCUGACUGAAACUUGAAGGGUGCAUGACCGAAGCUCCUUAGUGACGCACGAAAACAAAUAGAACUGAAAAACUAUUUAAUGAUAAAGACAAGUACACCCAUUAAGAAGAUGACGAAAAUGAGUGUGAGAUGGGCCUUCAACUGGGGGGAGUGGUCCCCAUCCGAGAAAGAAUUAAAACUCGCUGUUUCCUGUCUUCAAUUGGAAGAGAAGGCGAGACUAGCGAAGUUUGUCUUCCGGAAGGACCUGAAAGCCUCACUAAUAGGUCGUCUUUUGAUGAGGAAGUUUAUAAAUGACUCCACGAAAAUUCCCUAUGAUAAAAUUGAACUAGAGAGAGAUAAAACUACGGGAAGACCGAUUCUCAAGAAUCCGUCGACACCAGUCAGCUUCAACGUCUCUCACCAAGGCAAUUACACAGUUUUAGCUGGUGAGUCAGAAGAUCUGAAGAUUGGAGUUGACGUUAUGAAGCUGGAAUACACUGGAGGAAAAGCCCUCCCCGAGUUCUUUCGAAUAAUGAAUCGAAACUUCUCGUCCUCGGAGUGGAAUGAGAUCAGGGGAGCUCCUGGGACCCCGGAAUCCAAACAAAUAGCCAUGUUUGGCCGACAUUGGGCACUCAAAGAAUCUUAUGUUAAGGCACUCAGUGUCGGAAUAACCGUGGAUUUGAGGGAAUUGGAUUUCCAAACGCAAUCAGAUUUGAGGAGUGAUAAGGUGGUCGCCGAUACGAUUCUUUAUGAAAGAGGAGUUCGACGAAAUUGGAAUUUUGAGGAAACUCUGAUUGACUCUGAUCACUGCGUGGCAGUUGCAUUGGAGAUUGAAAAGCAAAAAAGUCACCCUCAGAAUAACCAUUUCGUUGUAAUAAAGUUUGAGGAUUUGAUGAAAUUUGCGAUUCCACUGCAUCCGGAGGAUGACGACUUCUGCAAAAAUUAUUUUGGAAAAGCUGAGAGGCCUUAAUACGAAAAAAUGUGCAUAAUUUCAGUGGCUACUAUGAUUACUAUGAUUUUUUUAUAACUUUAAUCAUUGGUUUGUGGUUCACACGAUUGUACGCAAGACGGUCAGUGGGUGAAUAAAACGGAUACUUGUAACGUGCAAACAUGAUCAUUAUUGGAGAUUGUUCAAGGACUCGAAUAAAAAAGAGCCUAUGUCGGCUAUUGUGCUGAAA